AUGAAGAAAGCUAAUAGCCUCGGUCAACUUUCAAAGUUAAAAAAAUUAAAAUUUUUUAACAACUUACUGACCGGUGUUGUAACAGAAGCUCAUUUUGCUAACCUAUCAAGUUUGAAAUCCCUAAAUGAUAAACGACGUUCAAAAGAUCUAAAGGAAGGAAACAACUUAACCCUAGAACUGCAACUUUCAAACUGGAUUCCUCCUUUCGAAAUAGAAUGGUUGGAUUUGGAAGAUUGGUGUUUAGGACCUCGAUUUCCGUUCUGGCUGCAGUCACAAAAAUAUUUAGAAUAUUUGGACAUGAGCAAUACAGGCAUUUCACACAUGCCUCCUGAGUCAUUUUGGAGAUCAUUACCCACUCUAUCUUACUUAGAUAUGUCACAGAAUCAUAUCCAAGGACCGUUGUUGAGUAUUCCUGAAAAUAUUGUUACAGUCGACUUAAGUUCCAACAAGUUUAGUGGGAAAUUACCUGAUUUGUCAAAUAUUAGUCUGCCAUUCGAAUUGGAUAUAUCAAACAAUUCCUUUACGGGGUCAUUACAUCGUUUUUUGUGUCCCAAUGAUGUAAAAUCCACCAUGUAUCUUAAUUUAGGAUACAACAGUUUGUCAGGGGUCAUUCCUGAGUGUUGGGAGAAAUUUUUGGAGUUGCAAUUCUUGAAUUUGGAGAAUAACAAUCUUUCAGGUGGUAUUCCAAGAACUUUAGGUUCUUCAUUUAAUCUACAGUUCUUGAAUCUGCAUGGGAACCAUCUCUCUGGAAGAUUGCAUGCUUCUCUGAUGAACUUAACACGAUUAGAGAUCCUUCAACUUGGUGGAAAUGAACUUGUUGGAAGCAUCCCAGCAUGGUUUGCAAGAAGCCUCUCUGAUUUGAAACUUCUCAACCUUAGAUCCAAUCAUUUCAAUGGAAGCAUUCCUCGCGAGCUUUGUUAUCUAAGAGAAAUACAGAUCUUGGACCUUUCUAACAACAAUCUGUCAGGAAACAUUCCACGAUGCUUCAACAACUUUAGCAUCCUCUCUGGGAAAGAAAAUACAUCGGGAGAUCCGUUUAGGAUGGCCACUGUCGUCUCAGGCAAUGAAAAUCCUAAACUUUUUAUAAUCAGUGAUUCAUUGGUUGUAAAGGGUCAAAUACACUCUUAUGACAGUAUUCUUCCGCUGGUGAUGCUAAUGGACCUUUCAAAUAACAGUUUUUCUGGGAACAUCCCAGUUGAGUUAACAACGCUUCAGAAGUUACAAUCGUUGAACUUAUCAAGAAAUCAUUUGACAGGACGUAUCCCCGAGAAGAUUGGAGACAUGAAAGAACUUGUUUCUUUUGAUGUAUCACUGAACAAGCUUUCAGGGGAACUUCCUGUGACCUUGUCAAGCUUGCAUUUCUUGAGCAGCUUCAAUGUGUCCUACAACAACUUGACAGGAAAAAUCCCAACAAGUACUCAGUUUGAGACCUUCAGCGAGUCCAGCUUCCUUGGCAACAUACUAUGUGGAGAUCCGCUUGCUAGUUGUGCAGAUAAAGUACCUGAUACAGUAGACCAGAUUGAAGAUGAUGGAUCACACGGAGCAGAAUGGGGGUUGAUUAUUAGUAUCGUGCUUGGAUUCCUUGCUGGUUUUUGGUUUGUUGUGGCUCCGUUGAUGAUCAGCAAAUCAUGGAGGAUUGCAUAUUAUCGUUUCUUAGAUAAACUGUGGUAUAAGGUGUCUGAUGUUAUGCAUAAGUAUUGUUAA